AGAGUAAGGUAGAUAAUAUUUCAUAAAAAAAAAGCGAAAAGAUUUCUUAUAAUGCAUAUGUGUUGUCUCAUAGCUUGUAAGAAUAAGAAGAAAAAAACACGGAUGAACAUAGCCCUGCCUCCUCCUCCCUCAGUUCAUUGAAGCUCACUCAACAUCGCACUUCACGUUCUCCAUCCCAUUGAAGCAGCUUCUGAAAACCCUUUAAUGUUAAGAUCGAACUAUGAAAUUGGGACUAUUUUCUCUGGGACCAGGGCGACUGCCCCUCCUGUCCGGCGAAGGUCUUGCUCACGAUCUCUUCCUUUUUUUAAAUCCCUUGAGGUUUCAUUUGCAACGACCAAAGUGAACAUUAGAUUGAUGAGGAUGGAUUCAUAUGGUGGUUGCGGGAUCCCAGUAACGAAAUUGCCGAGGCAUCUGAUAGUUAUGGAUGUGGCAAGAGUUGAGCCAGAUGGACUUGAUGAAAAGGCCCAAAAGGAAGUUGACGAAGGCAGCAACCUAUUGGAAAAGGAAGAGAUGCAUUUGGAAGAGCAACAUAAAGCUGGUCAGUUGAAGAACAGAGUUAUAUAUGGAUUUGUGAUUGGCAUUGCAGUAGGUGGCAUCAUACUGGCAGGAGGAUGGGUUUACACUAUCGGUGUUGCUGCUGCAGUUUUUAUCGCAGCAAGAGAGUAUUUUGGAUUGGUAAGGAGUGAUGGGAUUGCCAUGGGAAUGACACCGCCACCUCGAUAUGUGUCAAGAGUUUGUUCUGUUAUCUGUGCUCUUAUGCCUGUUUGGACCUUGUAUGCUGGUCACAUUGACAUCUCAGUAACAUCUGCAGCUUUCGUUGUUGCAACAGCUUUGCUUUUACAAAGAGGAAAUCCUCGCUUUGCUCAGCUUAGUAGUGCCGUGUUUGGGCUGUUUUAUUGUGGCUAUCUACCUUGUUUCUGGGUCAAGCUUCGAUGUAGUUUAUCACUUCCAGCCUUGAACACAAAAAUCGGAUAUUUCUGGCCUGUUCUUCUUGGUGGCCCAACACAUUGGACUGCAGGUCUUGUGGCUACCUUAUUAUCUAUCAGCAGCAUCAUCGCAGCAGAUACAUUUGCUUUCCUUGGAGGCAAGCAGGCAUUUGGCCGCACUCCGCUUAUUAAUAUUAGCCCAAAAAAGACGUGGGAAGGAGCUAUAGUGGGUUUGGCUGGUUGUGUUGCUACUUCUGUCAUAUUAUCGAAAUUACUUUUUUGGCCAAAGUCUUUGACAAGUGCAGUUGCAUUGGGGUUUCUGAAUUUCUUUGGGUCGUUGUUUGGCGACCUGACUGAGUCGAUGAUAAAACGUGAUGCAGGUGUAAAAGAUUCUGGGUCUCUUAUACCAGGACAUGGUGGAAUACUAGACAGAGUUGACAGUUACAUCUUUACUGGUGCACUCGUGUACUCUUUUGUUAAAACUUUCCUGCCACUCUGGGGUGUCUGAAGAAUUUUUGGUGUAGUGAAAGAGGCUCUCGAACGUGAAGCUUUCGGAGUAUUAGUCUAUAGCCCGUUGCUAAGUAUUUUAGUCCCAUACUUUCCAGUUUUUGUUGUAUAGAUUCUAUUCAACCCUUAGUUAUAGCUCAAUAAGUCGUGUAGUCCAAUGAGCAUGUAUUAAGUAAUUUGCAUAUCUUUCACUGUAUGUCCAUCGUCAAAAUCAUACUACAUCUGUAUCUUGAACUUUAUAUUUAUUCAAGAUUAUAAUUCAGAGCAA